AUGAGUCCUCUCUUCAUCCACCACUCCUGCUCUGGACCUGGCAGAGUGAAGGUCGUCUGCGUGCUCAGGGCUUCAGAACCUCGCUUGGCCGAGAAGAGGUCUCCUUGCUUCGGAUGUGAAGACCUGGAUCUGGCCGAGAGAGGACCUUGCUUUGGCUUCAGGAUGACGUCCGGAUCUGAAGACCUCCACCCUCAUGAACCUGAGCUCCAGCACCUCGCUUCAAAGCCACCAUUCCAAGAGAAGGCCUGUUCUGGCUGGAACUCAGAGAGGGAGAAAGGUCCAGAGCCCCAGAGCACGGAGGACAAGCACACGGAUCAUGAGGCCUGGGGUGAGAGCAGCUUCGCAGACCAAUCAGGGAGCCUCUCAGAUGCAGAGUACAAUGGGGAGAAUUUAGGUGCCAGUCUCCCAGAGGGCCCCGCCUCUGCUCACCACAGCUGCAGUGAAGAGGCCCACAAGGUUUCCUCUCCCCAAAGAGCUCAGAGGAGGCCCCUGUCACCGGGACCCAACAUCACCCCUGUGAACAAGAAGCUCAAGUCUCAGUCACCCAGAGUCCAACGCUCCCCUCGUCACAGGCACCCCUCUCUUCAGAUGCGCCCCUCUCUCCGGCGAGGCCUGGUGAUGACCCUGCGCUGCCUGUCCCAGGCUGUGUAUGAGGAUGUGGUGCAGGUACGGAGGCAGCAGGUCUACACCCCACUCUCUCACGAGCACCUGGCCCUGCUCACUCAGCUCCGGGUGCCCCUCACAGGCCUGGUGCAGACCCUCUACUCCAUGGCCAGCCAGGCAGCCUGGGCCUUCCCUGCUGAGGGCUGGAUGGUGGCUAGCUCCCCCAUGGCCCAAGAUGCACAGUGCUCCUCCCAUGAGUGA